AACCAGCACACUUCGAGUUUCAAGUUUUCACUAUGGCCGACAAACUCCGCACCCAGCAGCAGCUCGAAUCUCUUCAGAACAAAUACAUCGGAACUGGCCACGCCGACACCACCAAGCACGAAUGGACAUCCAACAUCGCCCGCGACUCCUACGCUAGCUUCCAAGGUCACCCACCGCUUCUUCACUACAUGGCGAUCGGAAUGGGCAUGCCCAUGGAGAAAGUGAGGAUGCAAUGCAUGGAAAAGAUGGUGUUACCUUGUGGGCCCGCACCGCCUGCAGAGGAUUGAUGUGCGCAUAUUGCUGGCUGGGGAGAAGGGGCGAACUCCUGGCGCCAGGCAAUACGAAGAACGAUCAGCUGGUCAGAAGAUGCCAUUGCAGCCCGUCGAGAUGGAAAUUGCGAGGCGUAAAUGCGAAACGUCAUGUAAAGACGAGGCUAUGUCUAUCAAGAACGCGCGACGUGUGGCACGUUGAGAGUGGGCUCUUAUGUUCGCUUGCGAUGGACCUGCGAGGCUCUGAAGUGGUAUCCCGCUCGAUGCUUUCAUAGAGACUGGCAGCCAUGGCCACUCAAAGCCCGGCAAAAGCCCUGCGAGCAAUGCGAUAUCGGCCAAUUCGCCGAAGUCCAGUUUGCAAGAGUUGGCGAAUGUGU